AUGCAAAAAGGACAAUUCAACCAGGUCAGAUUCAAGGACGGCAGCUUCAAGCUAGUAAAGCAAGACUUCAUCAACAAGCUAGAGCAAAACGAAGUUCUUGUCAAGGUGCAUUACACUUCAGUCAACUAGUACGACAAAAUCUUAAUGGAGAACAGAUCUAAAGAAGAUUAUGUGAUGGGUGCCGAGGGUUCAGGAAUCAUAGAAGAUGUUGCUUAAGGACUUGACCAAAAUCUCAAGGGCAGAAAGGUUGCAUUUAUUCACCAUGGUUGGUCACAGUAUGUUGUCAAAGAUUAGGAUGACCUCCUUUUCUUGGACGAAUCUGUGGAUCUAAGAAUCGCUGCCGAUGCUAUUGUGAAUCCAAUGACUGCCCUAUGUCUCAGAAAGAUCUGCUGUGAUCUGAAGGCAAACGCUGUAGUUAUUGAUUCUGCAUCAACCUCGCUAGGAAGAAUGUUAAUUCAACUUUUCUAGAAAGAUAAUAUUGAUAUUAUUCCUUUGGCUAUGGAUUCAAAGCAAUUUGAUUAACUUAGAACCGAGUUUGGGCUAGCUAGAAUCAUGGAUUAGAGCAAAAAAGAAUUCUUCGACCUGCUUUGUGGAGCUGCUGAGAAAUUCGAGAAGAUCGUCUAUAUUAGCAUGCAGGGUGGAGAUCUUCCAGGCAAGAUAUUAGACAGACUUCCAGCAAAAUCUGAGAUGAUUCUGAUUGGAAACCUGGCUGAGAAGGAUCUUGUAGUACCCUGCUCAAAUUUCUAUUAUGACAGCAAGAAAAUCAGAGGUUUCUUCUUUGAUAGAUAUUUGAGAGAAGAAUUAGAUGAUGAAACCGAACACAAAUUUUUCCACAUUAUUGCUCAAGAUCUCAAAAACGGUGGCAUGAUUUUCGGUACAAAGGUUGCUAAGGAAAUGAAACUGGAAGAGUGGGAUCAAGCACUAAAUUAGAUUUCAGAUAAAUCUCAGGAAGGCAAGAUCAUUCUUCAAUGCCAAUGA